AUGAGAUGCGGAGUACAACGCCCAAGUCCGCCGAUGAAUGGGCACUGGGGUUAUGACGACAAAGCCCCGCCGUCUCCACCAAUCACAAGUCCGGGAUCUGAAAGUGGGGAGGUCACGGAGAGGGGCCCGUGGACAAUAGGGGCGACACAACAAUAUGGCCUACAACUUACUGGCUUGACGGUGCUCACCAUCGUCAUCCUCCGUACACACGGCGGCGACAGCCUCUCCGGAAUCGGCAGGAAAAGACUCGAUCAGAGAGGAGAAAAACAUCCGCGAAUUCCGCCGCACACGUCCCUCUGCAAACUCCUAUGGAUUAAUCUGAUUUCCUGCGACAGUAGAGAAUGGGCUGUGUCCAAUCACUACCCCAGCUUUGGGGUCACCACCAUUCCCAACUACAACAACUUCCACAGCACAGCUACACAGGGAGUGACUGUGUUCGGAGGGGUCCACACAUCCUCACAGUCUGGGACGCUGCGGUCUCGGGGAGGAACAGGGGUGACUCUGUUCGUGGCUCUUUAUGACUAUGAAGCCAGGACCGAGGAUGACCUCAGUUUCAGGAAGGGGGAGAGGUUCCAGAUCCUCAACAGCACUGAGGGAGAUUGGUGGGAGGCUCGUUCCCUUACAACAGGUGGAACUGGAUACAUUCCAAGCAAUUACGUAGCUCCUGUGGACUCAAUCCAAGCGGAGGAUUGGUACUUUGGUAAAUUAGGUCGAAAGGACGCAGAGAGGCAGCUGCUUUCCAACGGCAAUGCCAGAGGCACUUUCCUCAUCCGUGAGAGUGAAACAACCAAAGGAGCCUAUUCUCUCUCCAUCCAAGACUGGGAUGACAUCAAGGGAGACCAUGUCAAACACUAUAAGAUUCGCAAACUGGACAGUGGGGGCUACUACAUCACGACCAGGGCCCAGUUUGAGACACUCCAACAGCUAGUUCAGCACUACUCCGCCAGGGCUGCAGGGUUGUGCUGUCGACUGGUUGUGCCGUGCCACAAAGGCAUGCCUCGUCUGACCGACCUGUCGGUUAAAACCAAAGACGUGUGGGAGAUCCCGAGGGAGUCGCUGCAGCUCAUUAAACGCCUCGGCAACGGCCAGUUUGGAGAAGUCUGGAUGGGGACGUGGAACGGUACCACCAAGGUGGCGGUGAAAACGCUGAAGCCUGGGACAAUGUCUCCUGAGUCAUUUUUAGAGGAGGCUCAAAUCAUGAAGAAGCUCCGGCACGAUAAGCUGGUGCAGCUCUACGCCGUGGUGUCUGAAGAGCCCAUCUACAUUGUCACAGAGUACAUGAGCAAAGGGAGUUUGCUUGAUUUUCUCAAAGAUGGAGAGGGCCGAGGCCUCAAACUGCCAAAUCUAGUCGACAUGGCAGCUCAGGUGGCAGCGGGAAUGGCUUAUAUUGAGAGGAUGAACUACAUCCACAGAGAUUUGCGUUCUGCUAACAUCCUUGUCGGAGAUGGUCUUGUGUGCAAGAUAGCUGACUUUGGUCUGGCUAGACUCAUUGAGGACAAUGAGUACACUGCAAGACAAGGCGCAAAGUUUCCCAUAAAGUGGACUGCUCCUGAGGCGGCGCUCUACGGGAAAUUCACCAUCAAGUCGGACGUCUGGUCAUUUGGCAUCCUGCUAACAGAGCUGGUAACUAAGGGCAGAGUGCCCUAUCCAGGCAUGAACAACCGGGAGGUCCUGGAGCAGGUGGAGCGAGGCUACCGAAUGCCGUGCCCACAGGACUGCCCCACAUCUCUGCACGAGCUGAUGGUGCAGUGCUGGAAGAAGGACCCGGAGGAGAGGCCGACAUUCGAGUACCUGCAAGCCUUUUUGGAGGACUACUUCACUGCCACUGAGCCUCAGUAUCAGCCAGGGGAUAACCUCUAAGCACCGCCCCAGUCAUCUCGUCUCACUUCACUGGCCGCACCACCAGAGGGGGCCAGGCACCACCAUUUCUCCCAUAUUAGAAAAGCGGAACGAGUGACUCCCUGACUUCAAAACCUCAAAGAAACAUUGAUGGGCAGCAACAAAACGGUGAUGAAACCAAGGAUGUUCAGACGAUAAGGGGGUGAAGGAUUGCAAGAAAUGGCUACCAUGGAUGAACGACAUGAACUCAUUCAUUUGUAUUUACUGUAAAUAUAAAUUGCUUGGUUAAUUAUCCUUUUUUUGUUUUUGUUUUUUUGUUAAGUUUGUUUAAUUUUCUAUUACUUUUGAUAAUUUGGGAACACUUGGAUUUUUCCUCUUUUUUUUUUUUAAUUAACAGUUAAAGAUGUUUCAGAUUCGUGGCUCAGAGGAAGUGCAACAGUUGGCUGCAAACCUUGAUAUAAAAGUUAAUGUUGGUAAGGGUAAUAGCUCGACAUCAAGGACAGAGGUGUCUGAAACUGUUCUGGGAGUUCACUGGCCUUUUUAUGAGGGUAAUAUAACUUCUCUCCUCUUCUCAAGGAAUUUAGCUGUACUAUAACACCUGUUCUUGCCUUUUCAUGUUUAGUAAUAUUCUUAUGAUACAAGAGAAUGCCUUCAUGCUUUAUACACACACUAACUAAGUGCAUCAUGGACUUGUCUACCCAAACCGAAACUGUAUGGCAUCUGCACUGAUAUUAUGUGCAUUCAUUGCAUUUCGGCUUUCAUAUUUUUAGAUUGGCUUAAAUUAACUUUUCGUUCAGCUUUAUGUAGUUAAACAGGGGGUGCACAUCCUCUCCCGGCUGCAACCAUUCUUUAGCUGAUUGCUUAGCAUACUGAUGAUCAUUUAAAGUGUAUGUUGCAUUAAUGUAGGGCUGCAGGCUGUGUUACAACUUGUCCUUUUGCUUUAGCAGCCAAACAAACUGCCAUUGACAUGAUGAGAAUGAAGGAUGUGUACUUGUAUUUGUCCUCCAUUAUGUGUACUUUUAAAUAACAUGUCAUUUAUGAGACUUUUUUUUAAAAGUAUAUUCUACCAGUGUUAUGUGUUAAGUAUUUUCCUUUUUAUGUCCAGGGAAGUAUUCUGCUUUGAAAACAUUUUACCAUUGUUAAGCAUUUCUAUGUGUAUCCUUUCUUACUUUCCAUAAGUGGUAAAGAAAAACUUUGAUUUUGUAUAUUUUCUUUUACCCUAAUUUAUUUGGCAUUAGAAACAUUUUUUUCUUAUUAUUUAUUGUCCGUCUGUUACUUGUACAGAGCUGGUUUCGAAAAUAAACAGUCUUAAAAUGGUUUUCUUGAUGCAUUUCACACUGGGUUUGUUUGGCAGCUAACAUCCAGAUGUCACUGCAUAAACCUAUUAUGUGUAAAUGCAGCUGAAACUAUUGUAGUUCUAGGGAUAUUGUUUGAGCUCUUUCCCUUCAAAAUUAACAAAAAACAGUUUUUGCUAAUCUCAACUAUAUAUC